AUGGCAGUAUUUUCCGUAACUGUGUCACCCUCACUGGAAGCGGGACCAGUCCCUGAAGUCGUAAUUGUACCUGUUGUUGUUGCUAUAUAUACUGUAGUGGUGACAUCCUCUUUAGUUGAAGCAGGAUCUGUCGUAGCUGUAGUAGGAUCUCCUGAAGUUACACCAGAAAUGCCUGUUGUACUUUCAUCUGGAGUUACAGUGGUUUCUGCUGUAUUUGAAGGUUCACUGGUUGCUGUGAUUUCAAUAGUUGUUGAAAUAUCUGGUGUAAGAGUGGUGUCGGCUGUAGCUGUAGCAGGAUCACCUGAAGUUACACCGGAAAUCCCUGUUGUACUUUCAUCUGGAGUUACAGUGGUUUCUGCUGUAUUUGAAGGUUCACUGGUUGCUGUGAUUUCAACAGUUGUUAAAAUAUCUGUUGUAAGAGUGGUGUCGGCUGUAGCUGUAGCAGGAUCACCUGAAGUUACACCGGAAAUCCCUGUUGUACUUUCAUCUGGAGUUACAGUGGUUUCUGCUGUAUUUGAAGGUUCACUGGUUGCUGUGAUUUCAACAGUUGUUAAAAUAUCUGUUGUAAGAGUGGUGUCGGCUGUAGCUGUAGCAGGAUCACCUGAAGUUACACCGGAAAUCCCUGUUGUACUUUCAUCUGGAGUUACAGUGGUUUCUGCUGUAUUUGAAGGUUCACUGGUUGCUGUGAUUUCAACAGUUGUUAAAAUAUCUGUUGUAAGAGUGGUGUCGGCUGUAGCUGUAGCAGGUUCUCCUGAAGUUACACCGGAAAUCCCUGUUGUACUUUCAUUUGGAGUUACAGUGGUUUCUGCUGUAUUUGAAGGUUCACUGGUUGCUGUGAUUUCAAUAGUUGUUGAAAUAUCUGGUGUAGGAGUGGUGUCGGCUGUAGCUGUAGCAGGAUCAACUGAAGUUGCAUCAGUAACACUAGCUGAAAAUGAAGUGAAAUCUGUUGUGGAAAUGGAAAAAGUUUUUGUUAUUGGUCUAGCACUGGCCGUAUUUUUGCAGCACUCAGUGGACAAUAUGUUAAAAACGCACAAUAAACUUGUUUAUGAACAAUAUUUUGCAACAUAA